UUAUGCUGUAGUACCAGUACCAUCUACCUUCUAACUUCAACGUCGUUGCUUUCAGGUUGGCCAGGGCCUGAUCCACGAUAUGCUCGAACCUCAGGAAAACUCAACAUCAACGUCCAAUUUUGAUUCCCGUCACUUCUCUCCCGAUUCAGGUCCUCCUCCUGGCUUACUGACUCCCGCUGUGCCAUCCGUUGCUGAAACUCAGAAUCCAUGGUCGGAGCAGCAGCUGGAGCUGGAGUUGAAACCAGCACAUACUCCAGACCUAGCAGCAAUUACCGCCGCUGCACCGUCUAUCUUCACCUCACCGGCAGACAACAGCACUCUCCACGAAGAAGUGCGUGUUAACAAGGAUGUUCUGACUCAAUUCGAUCCUCUUACAAACGAGGACGAGCUGAAUGCGCACCAAGCAUGGGCCAGCUCAGAAGGACAUCCACCACCUUUCCGAACUUCAUCGCGCCCUAGUAGUCGAGCGCACUCCAGGUCCGCUUCGAAUGAUAUUCAACGUGAUGGGCCUUCUUCCAGGUCAAGCUCACCCGCCCCACAACCCUUGUCUUCUUCCGCUUUUCCAUCACUCGCCGCGCUAGCUCGUACCUUCUCCAUCCCAAACGUCACGAAUAGAGCGCGUCCUCGGCCUUUGUCAGUGGACGCGGCGAAACCAAUUGCCACUCCCUCGCUUGCGACCAUGGCUUCCUUUGCGCAACAACAAUCUCAGUCUGCCGCGCAAUCCUCUCUUUCCAAGCAGAUCCCACUUCCGUCAGAUCUCACUGUCUUGAAGACCCACAGCGCUCCGGACACGCGGUCCGCAACUCCAGGUAUUGAUUCACCAUCUGGAUCAGAGUCUCCACGCAAGGAUAAGGAUCCUUCUUUCAACUUUCAGAAAUUCCUCGACCAGAUGAAGUCUAGGGGUGCGGAACCACUUGGCAAAUACGUGCGAUCGUUUCUCAGCAACUUCACUAAACGGACGUUUACCGUCAACGACCAGAUCAAGAUAAUCAAUGAUUUCCUCAGCUUCAUUGCCACAAAAAUGCGGGAAACAGACAUCUGGAGAAAUGCGACAGACGAAGAAUUCGACAACGCCAUGGAAGGGAUGGAGAAGCUCGUGAUGAAUCGGCUUUAUGAAUACACUUACACGCCUUGUCUUCCUCUCCUCACUCCACCCCGACCAGUCACGGCCGAUGACCUCGAACGUGAUCGCGUAUUGUCCCAACGGAUUGCGUUGUUUAGCUGGGUACGACCUCGCCAUCUUGAUAUACCUGAGCUCGAGUCCGGCGACAAUGAUGGAAACACUGGGUUUUUAGAAUUUGCCCAACAGGAACUUUGCAAAGUGAACCACUACAAGGCUCCGCGGGAUAAACUCAUCUGUAUUUUGAACUGCUGCAAGAUCAUCUUUGGUCUAAUACGACAUUUACGCAAAGACGAAGGUGCCGACUCUUUCGUGCCGAUAUUGAUUUAUGUUGUUUUGAAAGCAAACCCUGAGCAUUUGCUUUCGAAUGUCGAAUUUAUCAAUCGUUUUCGCAAUCCUGCAAAGUUGCAGAGUGAAGCAGGCUACUAUCUCUCAAGCCUCAUGGGUGCUGUGCAAUUCAUUGAAAGUAUGGAUCAUACCUCCCUCUCGAGUAUAUCACAAGAAGAAUUUGAAAGAAAUGUAGAAGAAGCGAUCCGAACACUCCCACCAUCACUUCCUUCUUCACCAACCACAUCCCAACAAACGCUGAGUAAGCCUCCACAUCCAUUUGCGGGAGAAGAGUCCGCGCAACCACUCGCGCUCGCUGUUCCAUCAUCAGCGCAGAAUCUCACGAUUGGCGAGGAUGCUCGGAAGCUAUUGCAAAAAACUGGGGAUGCAGUUUCAAAGCCUCUCGGUGCCAUAAGUCGUAUAUUUAGCGAGGCUCUAGAUGAGAAGAUGGGAUACCUUCCCGGACCAUUUGCACCCUUUGAACUUGGCAGAGAAGAGAGGGAAAGACACUGGUCACAUCCUGACCAGGUCGCACAAUUCGCUAGUGGAAGUGCUCCGCACACACCGUCAAGUAGUGAGGGCCUCCAGGCACCCAUGCAGACACCUUACAAGCCCCGUGUUCGCCGUCCAUCACCUGUCCCAAUUCCACCCACGCCCAUGGGUCUACCGUACGGAUCUGACGAAACUCCAAGUAGACCCGGCCCCGGAGGACCACAGGUACACCAGGCACUCGCGCUCGGUCCUUCCCAAUCAUUGCUUCCACCCAACGCUAUCCCACAGCACCUUCAGCAACCGUCUGCGGCCCAACAGAUUUCUCGUACGCCCACUCCCUCGCUUGACUUGACUGCUGUUCAAGCAGAAAUCGAUCGCGUACAUGCACAAGCGAGCGCUGCUGCUCGUGCGACUCUGGCCCAGAUUUUCUCAGGAGUCGAUCCAGAGGUACGCGAUUGGGUACUGGAGGCUAACGGAGGGGACUUGGGCAAGAGCAUAGAAGGGCUGUUGGAGAUGGCUGGCGGAUCAUGAACGGGUGUCCGGGACGAGUGUGGGCUUUGACAAGUAUCAAAGGUCCGAGAGGUAGUGACUUGCGAUUGGAUCUUACAGGCGGAAAACAUCAAGAGCCGCAAUUAGUGACCGGUUCGUGCGAGAUUGAUAUCUCACGUCGAGAUGACUCGGUGCGGGCGUUAAACUCUGAUGUCAGUGUCAGAGCGAGAACACUAGUGUGACGGCGCGUCUGUCAUCCAUUCUCUUUAGUUUCACUUUUGUAUGAGGAGCGGAGACUGGUCGUGAGUCUAACCAGGAAGGCUUGGAUGUAUGCUUGUAUGUGUGAUUUAUCUUAUUUGCAAUGAUAAUUGUCUUCUUUCACUUUCACUGUCGUCUUAUUCGCCUGUCAGGGAGAUCUCCCUUAUCCCGCUCAACGACUGUUUCAUAUAGAAUUCUUGUCUACAUGAUUUUCUUGCAU